UACACGCCUAUACAAAACGCAGCGCAGAGACACAGAGAGCUUUCUUCUUCUUCUUCUUCUUCGUUUUCAUUUGAUUUUCUGUGAUUUUGUUUGACAUGUCUCUGCUUUCAGAUCUCGUUAACCUCAACCUCUCAGACUCCACUGAGAAGGUGAUUGCUGAGUACAUAUGGAUUGGCGGAUCUGGCAUGGACAUGAGGAGCAAAGCAAGGACUGUGUCUGGUCCAGUUAGUGAUCCUUCAAAGCUUCCCAAGUGGAAUUAUGAUGGUUCUAGCACAAAGCAAGCUCCUGGAGAAGACAGUGAAGUGAUUCUCUAUCCUCAAGCUAUUUUCAGAGACCCAUUUAGGAGAGGCAACAACAUCUUGGUCAUAUGUGAUGCUUAUACUCCGGCAGGGGAGCCAAUUCCGACAAACAAGAGAUGUGCUGCAGCGAAGAUAUUUAUCCAUCCCGAUGUCUUCGCUGAGGAACCCUGGUAUGGUAUCGAGCAAGAAUACACCUUGUUGCAGAAGGAUGUCAAAUGGCCUCUUGGGUGGCCUCUUGGUGGUUACCCUGGACCUCAGGGACCCUAUUACUGUGGAGUCGGCGUUGACAAAGCCUUUGGCCGAGACAUUGUUGAUGCUCACUACAAAGCCUGCUUAUAUGCUGGUGUCAACAUAAGUGGCAUCAACGGAGAAGUGAUGCCCGGACAGGUGAAAAAAUGUCGAGUUUCAUCGAGUUUUUAUCUUCGUUAA